UCCCGGAAGUAGGAAUGGCUGCCUGAACACCACCCUUGUUGGCGGGUCCUCGACUUCUGUUGCUGGGAACAAGGGGCCCACCAAGGGGAGGCCAGUCAGAGCAUCCAUGGCACCAACAGCAAGUGGGCCGAUCAGCCGCUCAACAGUAAAUAUUGCAAAGACAGGGGUCUUGCCCAGUCGUGCCACAAAUAAGUCUAGUCCACGUACGCAGGUCAGCCAGUCAGCAACUAAUCUUGCAAGCCAUGGGUCCACAGGGAUGACGCGGCCUUCAAAACCCAUGGCUGUGCGAGCUAACAAACACAAGCUGCAUUCCACAGUCCUCAAUGCAACAGUCCUUGGGGAUAAAACACACAAGGAGGAUUCAAGUAAUGUUUUCAGCACAACGCUGGUAGGUGGCAUGGCACCAGGUGGUCGUAACCUAGAUUUGACGUGCGCCACCUUGCCUGAGCUCCCCGACAUAUCUGCCAUUAGACUGGACAGUGUGGGUCACGAGAAUAGAAGUGGUGACACUACUGUUUUGUCAUCUGUCAGUGAAAAAGACUCCACACAAGACAGCAAUGACUGCAGCAUGCAUGAAGUAACAGCAGAGGAACUGGAGCUGGAAUACCUGCGUUACAUGCAGUGGGCACAAGUGAACCUCUGCAGCAAGAGUGUCUUUCUAGAUCAGAUCAAGGAUGCCGAGACACAAAUAAUGUUCUUGGAGGAGCUGAUCAGUGAGAAACAGAAUGAGCUGAGUGAGCGUAGGCAGAUGACGGAGUUAGUUGUUCAUCACCAACAUGUUGCAGAGGCAAGGCAGAACCAAACGAAGUUGCUUCAGAGUCUCAUCGAUGCCCUUCCAGCUAGCGAAGAAGGCAUGCAGACAAUGAGCCGAGAAUUAGAAAAAUCUCUACACCAGGUUAAGAUGGAUAACCUCUACGUACCUGAGAACCACAAACAGUACAGAGAUCAACUGUCAGAUUCCUUGACCAACCAAGUUUCCCUUCUGAGGGACUUGGAGAGCCUGUUAGACACUCGUUCUAACCACCUUCAGUCAACCAUCAGCCUUCUGGGAGAACUGCAAAGCACAACGCAUCGCAUACAACAGUGUGAGAAUGAAGUCCACAAGGCUGCCAGACUAUCAGUUCAAGAAGCAUCACUGCAGAUUGGUGCCAAACAGACCCAAGAAAAUGGAACUGUGUCACACGGUGAUGAUAGCUUCAAUUUGGUGAUUUCUGCUUAAGGACCAAACCCAUUAACAGUACCAAAUAUCAUAUCAAAAAAAUUGUUUAGGGUGGUUAAGAAUGAGCAGUUCAGCCGUCUUUGUUGGUUAUACACUUGUGUAUUGUUGUUAUUUCUUCUCCUAAUUUAAUGAGAGGUAAUGCAUAACCAUUGCUGCUUUUAGAAGUGCAUGCUUUGCUUUUGUCACAACUUGAAAUAAUGUUUGUACGUACAGGUCUCUACAGUAGCUACAACAGGUUAAUGUAAUGCAAUCAGAUUUAGACCUGACUUUUGUUAUGCUGAUACAAGAUUUAUGAAGAGAAAUUUAUCUUGAAAAUUCUGAUAGUGGCAAGAAAACUCAAGGUACAACAAUAGUUAGUAUAUAGAGGGGUUUUCUACCAUGACAUCAACAUUCUUUACUGACUGCUUUCAAGGGAGGUUUUGUUGAUUUGGUUGGGAACAAAGUGAUAGCAUAUUAAAGAAUCCUACAUAACAAUGAUUGCUCAUCAGUCCAUGUAUUCUAUUGAAAUUGUUAAGAUAAAAUGGAAAAAUAUGCCUGAGCAAACCCUUUUCCUGAGCUUGUCAUGCAGUGAUAAUGUGGAAUACUCAUUUUAUAGAUACAAAUAUUUAGCUUUGUUUCUGGCUCUUCUCGGGUUUAACGUCUCUUACGAAAUAGAGAGCGCUUAAAUGAAUUGUAUGCAUUGACCAUACUGUAUGUCAGUGCACAUGUGGCUUGGCUUAUAUGUCUCUGAAAAGUAAGGAAAUAUGUUUCCAAUUUUGCAUUAGGUUGAUCUGUCAGAUUUGGAGAUACAAAGUCAUUGUAUUAAAAUAUGAUUUGUAUGCAUUUUGUAUAUAUAGUGACCUGACAAUCAAGACACACAAAAGCUAACAGAACACAUGUUCGCAUUUCAAACUACUGAAAUUUUUCGCAGAAAAAAACAUUAUAUGAGAGAAAUAAUGAAUUUAACAUAAGGGUUUCAAAUGAUAUAUUUUUGCAACUUGACAAGAGAGCUGAGUAUAUAUUUUUCUUCAUUUGUAGAUAAGACAUUUUGCUCAAAUGUAAGAAGUAUUUUUCAACAUUCUUGUUUGUCUAUAUUUUUUGAUAUGUAAACAACUAUUCAAAUAGGGAAUUAUUCUUAUUGCUUCUCUGCUUUUGCUUUCCAUCCUCACAUUCACAAUAUAUAGAAUCAUUCCAUAGAAUUAUGUUUAUAUCAAACUAAUAACUGUCUUUGGGAUUAUGUGCGAGCAUAGUUGUUAUAAUAAUAAAAAAAAUAAAUAAUUGUUGAAAA